CAAGCUGGGGUACAGGAAGAUAAAAACCCAGGUUCCCAGGCCCUGACAAACAAUACCUAGGACAGCAUCCCUGUCUCGUGACUCCUUAAUCCUCCACCCACCAGACGCACAGAACCAACAGCAGCCUUUUCGUCUGACUCGAAUCCAGUUCAUCCAAGUAGCUAGACCAUCUGGCUCAUCCACCAUGUCCUUUGCAUUCAUCGCCAUGACGAUGCUUCUGGGCUCUUCAGUGGUGGUUGCAUUUGUCUUGCAGCCAACCAAGGAAGAGCCAGCAACCUCUGCUAAUUCUCCUCUUUCCAAUCACAGGUGCCAUGCUGAGUCGCUGCAGUCCAUCAGGAAGGGUCUCCUCAGAGCUCUCAACUUGCAGGCUGAGCCAUGGCUGCCUGCUGGUGGGCUGGACACUGUCAGAGAGAAAUGGCAGAGCAGCUUCAGCACCGUUUCUCACAGAGCCAAACACACUGCAGCUGCAGCAGUCUCUGUGUCACCUGAUGGGGGAAACAGUACAACCCUGAAGUGCUGCUCCAUUGCCUCUGAGAUCUUCAUGGAAGAUCUGGUCUGGGACAACUGGGUGAUCCAUCCUUCCAGCCUCACCAUCGUUCAGUGUGCACUCUGCAACCCUGACCUGAACCCUGUGGGAUGUCCACUGUCCCACACCAAUGUGCACGAUGCUGACUCUCAGGUGCCAUGUUGUCAGCCCAACUCCCAGGAAGCGGUGCCUGUCGUCUACAUGGAUGAGUCCAGCACCGUCGUCAUGUCCUCUGUGCAGCUGACCCGCAGCUGCGGCUGUGGACCUGGAGACAUCCCGCAGCCCAGCAGAGAGUAACGUUUGUUUUAUCACCCUGAGUAUGUGACAUCUGUGAGCCACCUGGCACACAAACAAAAACACAAACUUCAGAAAAAGUAGAUAAUAUCAUUAUAUGCAGGCCUAUCUUCUCUCACAAACAGAUGCUGCUUCUGUAGACUAUUUCUCUUGGCUUUUAGGUGUGUUAUCUUAGAUCAUUACAAUGUGUAUUCAACACUGAGCGUGGGAACCUAAGCAAAGGCUCAAUUUUGCAUUCCUGUUUCUCUAUUGUAACCACAAAGAAUAAUACAAGUGGCAGCACAGAUUUGUUGAAGCGACCAAGCAUAAAAACUGAUCAAUUAUUAGCAUUAUUUCUUUCUUUAUCUUUGUUUUUAUGGGAUCAAUCACACAUUAUAAUCUAUAAUCUCAAAUCACAAUCUACAUUUGUGUGCUAUUGCUUUUAAACAGCUACCAAAAAAGUUUGCGUAGAUUUCGCAGGGCGACCAAAAAAGAAAAAUGCAGUUCUGUCAAUAAAUCCAAGUAUUUCUGCAGCAACAAGCCUUGGAAGCAGCAAAGUGACUUGCUGCCAGUUUAUCUUUAAAUAAAUCUCAUGAGGACAGAGCGCUAUUUAUAGUUACUUAGUAACUGUUACUAAGUGUUCCCUCCAAAAAUGUGAGACUGCCCAGAGCCAAAACCUCUCACAGGCCAGUUGUCUUUUUUCUGAUCUGUGAAAUGACUGUUUCCUCUUAUGGAAAAAGAAUUCACUUUAAUCCUGAUGGGCAAAAUGAGGCCACAAAAAUGUCUUUAAUGUGGUAAAAUUUUAAUGAAUGCCUAUUUUGGAGGGAGAAGAUUGUGUUCAUCAGCUAAAACUACCUGCACCUAAAAGGUAAUAUCAACUUCUCCUGGGUAUCAACAACAUCUGUUCUGUGUUUUUCCACAACCGUCGAUUGGCCUGGCUCCAUUUUCAUGUUUCAACCAGCAGAAAAGAUAAACGGGACACUGCUGCCCUGCAAACACAAAAAACUCGACAAAACAUUGUUUGGUAUCAUGUUGCAGGCUAAAAAAAAUGAAAUUAAUCAUAAUUACAACAAAGUGUAAAAAAUAAAUCAAUAAAAAAUCAUAGUACUUACUCCCUACAUAUUUUGUUAUAUCACAUUGUAUUGCUUUGCAGCCAGUAAAUUCAUUUGAUUAAAGAACUAAAUAGAAAGAUCAAAGCCUGGCAGACAAAAUAUAAUCUGAAUGAAAUGGUGUCUAAAUUGUAAUUUUAAAACAACGACCAAAAAAUGGCCAGUUGAUUUUACUCUAAUUUUUUAGAUUCAGAUUUUUACUUUUAGAGCAUUUCAGUGUCUGUUCUAUUAUUUUUAAUUAGACCAUGUAUUAAUCCAAAACAUUUUCUUACACAUAAUGUGUGAUUUAUUUUUAACAGCAAAGUUUUUCUUUUUUCUUUUCUGUGUCUCUAAGCAUGACUUAUUAUCAGUUACAGUUUUUUAUUUUUCAACAAUCAUUGUGUCUGUUGUUUGGUUGUAUGCUCACACUCACUUUACCAAGUUUACCUCACUAUUAUUAUUAUAUAUCCAGUAUUUUUUAGCAAGUGGAACAAAACACAGCAGAGAUAUAUCAGCUGAACUUCAUCAAUACACUUCUGCAAAUGUAGAAUGUUUUAUUUCGCUUAUGACACUGAUUUACCAUCUUAAUCAUUUGUACAAAUUCAAAACAAAGUUUUUUCAUGCUCACAAUUUUUGAAUAAAGAUGAAUGAAAUAUA